UGAUCUAUCGUGUCAUCCUUCCAGGAACCUUCUAUAAUGAUUUGUACAUUCAUUCAUCCCAAGAUUGUAUAGCCCACCCACUGUGUGCCAGGCCUUGUGUUAGGUUGCGGGGAUACAUCAAUGCACAAAGUAGACCAAAGACUUUGCUCUCUUGAAAUUUCACACUUAACAGUCCUUGAAAGUUUUAAGUGAUUUUUCUCGGAGUUCUGCCAGGAAGACUACAGUUCCCAUGAUUCCCUGUGCUAGCUCAAUGGGACUACAAUUCCCAGGAGACCCAGCGCGCCAAACUGGCCUCUCCUGUUCCCAACAAUUUUCCCGGUUGCAAGGUCAAGUUCUACAUCUGCAGUCGCUUCCCCAUCCUCCCUCAACAAGUACAGGCUUUAAGUAAGCUCCACUGUAAGUAGUUCUAUUUUGAGUCUAUUUUCUGACGUGGAGUUUAUGUGAAACUUGAGCAGUUUUAGCCGUACAGCUGACUACAGCUUACACCGGGGAGUAAAUGAGCGUGUAAUUGAGUGGCACCCGCGCCGGGACUACUACACUUCCCAGGAGGCAGCGCGGCGAGCAGGGCGAUCCGCAGCAAUGCCUGUAGGACCCCAGGGCUGCCCGGCGCAGUGGCUGCAGGACCCCAGUGGCUACCCAUGCCGAGGUGAGUCCGCAAGAGUCGCCGCGGUUGCUGUCGCUGUACCUGUCCCCGUCCCGUCCCGUUCCCGCCGCCGCCCCGUGCGGCUCCCCCGCUGGUCAGGAUGCUGGAGGAAGCGGGCGAAGUGCUGGAGAACAUGCUGAAGGCGUCGUGCCUGCCACUCGGCUUCAUCGUCUUCCUGCCUGCGGUGUUGCUGCUGGUGGCGCCGCCGCUGCCCGCUGCCGAUGCGGCGCACGAGUUCACGGUCUACCGCAUGCAGCAGUACGACCUGCAGGGGCAGCCCUACGGCACACGGAACGCAGUGCUUAACACGGAGGCGCGCACCAUUGAUGCGGACGUGUUGAGCCGCCGCUGCGUGCUCAUACGGCUGCUGGACUUCUCCUACGAGCAGUACCAGAAGGCCCUGCGGCAGUCGGCGGGUGCUGUGGUCAUCAUCCUGCCUCGGGCCAUGGCUGCUGUGCCCCAGGAUGUCAUCCGGCAAUUCAUGGAGAUUGAGCCCGAGAUGCUGGCCAUGGAGACCAUUGUUCCCGUGUACUUUGCUGUGGAAGACGAGGCCCUGCUCUCCAUCUACGAGCAGACUCAGGCUGCCUCUGCCUCCCAGGGCUCUGCCUCUGCUGCUGAAGUGCUGCUCCACACUGCCACUGCCAACGGCUUCCAGAUGGUCACCAGUGGAGUCCAGAGCAAGGCUGUGAGCGACUGGCUCAUCACCAGUGUGGAGGGGCGGCUGACGGGCCUGGGCGGAGAGGACCUACCCACCAUCGUCAUUGUGGCGCACUACGAUGCCUUCGGAGUGGCCCCUUGGCUGUCGCACGGCGCGGACUCCAACGGGAGUGGCAUCUCGGUGCUGCUGGAGCUCGCCCGCCUCUUCUCCAGGCUGUACACCUACAAGCGCACCCAUGCAGCGUAUAAUCUCCUGUUCUUCGCCUCUGGAGGGGGCAAAUUUAAUUACCAGGGGACAAAGCGCUGGUUAGAAGACAACCUGGACCACACAGAUUCCAGCCUGCUCCAGGACAACGUGGCUUUCGUCCUCUGCCUGGACACCCUGGGCCGAGGGAACAGCCUCCACCUGCAUGUGUCCAAGCCGCCCAGGGAGGGGACGCUGCAGCACGCCUUCCUGCGGGAACUGGAGGUGGUGGCCACUCACCAGUUCCCAGAGGUGCGCUUCUCCAUGGUGCACAAGAAGAUCAACCUGGCGGAGGACAUCCUGGCCUGGGAGCACGAGCGCUUUGCCAUCCGCCGGCUGCCUGCUUUCACCCUGUCCCACCUGGAGAGCCACCGUGAUGGCCAGCGCAGCAGCAUUAUGGACGUGCGGUCCCGGGUUGACUCUAAAACCCUGACCCGCAACACAAGGCUCAUUGCGGAGGCCCUGACUCGAGUCAUCUACAACCUGACCGAGAAGGGGACCCCCCCGGACAUGCCUGUCUUCACAGAGCAGAUGAUCCAGCAGGAACAGCUGGACUCGGUGAUGGACUGGCUCACCAACCAGCCGCGGGCCGCCCAGUUGGUGGACAAGGACGGCACGUUCCUCAGCACGCUGGAGCACUACCUGAGCCGCUACCUGAAGGAGGUGAAGCAGCACCACAUCAAGGCUGACAAACGGGACCCCGAGUUUGUCUUCUACGACCAGCUGAAGCAGGUGAUGAAUGCCUACAGGGUCAAACCAGCCAUUUUCGACCUCCUCCUGGCAGUCUGCAUUGGCGCCUACCUCGGCAUGGCCUACACGGCAGUCCAGCACUUCGACCUCUUGUACAAAACAGUUCAGAGACUGCUCCUGAAGGCCAAGACACAGUGACAAGCACCGCAGGCCCCCCCCCACCUGCCACCCUCACCACUCAGUCUGCAGGGGCUUGCUGAGACCCUGCAGAGCUUUUCUGUGUUGCUCUUGAAGAUUUGGGGGAUUCUUUCUCAUUUUUGUUCUUCGAACUCCUCGGAGGAGAAUUCUUUGGAGCUCUGGGGCCAAGCCACGGACUUGGGAACAAGUCGUGGCAGAGCCUCUGACCCAGGAGGUGGCCCCGCAGCCCACAGGGCGCUAAGCUGUGCUACAGAAGGCGAGUUCCCCGGCACAGCCUUGGAGCCGCUCCUGCUUGGGAUGCUGACCACAGCCGGCACUGGCCCUGCGUCUGUCUUCAGCGCUGUCUUCAUCUCCCCAUGACCCAGACACACUCCUCAUGUCUUUCUGAAGAGGGCGGCACCAGCCUCUGGGUCCCCAGGCUGUGGCUCCUCUCUGGGCAAAGGGCUGAGGGACAUGCCUCCCCUGAACCACACUGGUGCCCCGAAGACCCAGCGACAUGGCGCCGCCCCUACUCUGCCGCCUCCCUGUCCGGCCCUGCAUUGAUCCCCCUCACUGGAGUCUCUAGCCUCUGCUCCCUCUCACUGUGCCCUGGGGAGAGCAGCAUCUCCCCGGGCUGGCUUCUCUUGGAGCUUGGACUCCCAAGCCCUGGCUCUCAAGGGGAACACGGGUGCCUUGGGAGGCCCCAGGGCCAGAGGCAGCCCUGGGCUGCAGACCCACUGGUCCUUCUGCUGACUCCUUAGCACAACCCUCUGGGCCUGUUUUCUCAUCCGUGAAAGGCAGGUGUGUCCUGGGGAAGCAACACCCACGAGGGGGUGGGGCAUGGGGCAGUGCUUCCUGGAGAGGAUGCCACCGUGGGACCCGGAGGGAAGCUGUGGACUUCCUGGGAGCCGUACCCGAGCCCUCACCCCACAAACCAGGUGCCUCAUGGGGCGGGAGCUGCUCUCAUGAUGGGGAGGAGGCCUUAGCACCGGGUGGACCUCAGGGAGGUGCAGGUGUACCGAUUCAUGAGCAAUAUAACCAAGCGUUAAGUGCUAAGGGGAGGGUCAGGACUGGGGACAAGGGGCUCCAGAGAUGUCUGACGGGGCUGGAGGACUGGCCCUCCCACCCCUUCCCUGGCCUGCUGCUGCCCCUUCCCCACAGCCCGCCAGCAGGAGGGCCUGGGCUCCUCUGGGGACUCACAUCUCUGCCUCUGACUCCAGCUGUCCACCUGGGCCGGCCAGCCCUCCCCUCCCUGAGCGUGAGCACGUCUGGCUGGCUGUCCAGCCUUCUAGGCUCUGGGUGUUGGCUAAGCCAGACCUAUGGGAAGGCCUGCGUGGGGGCCACAGGUUCUGCCUCGUCCGAUCUCUGCCUUGUCUGGUGGACCAACUCCCCCAGAGACCGGUCAGUCACCAGACGCCCAGCCACCUCUGGGGGCUCACCCUUCCCUUUGUGACAGCGAUGGGUACACCACCUGGGGUCGCCUGAUGAGGGUCUUCCUCCAGGGCUGUUGACUGUUCAGAGCUCAGGCCGGUUGUGGGAUGCAGUCGGAUGGUCAGAAAAUAAAGCCAUAUCGAACAAUCGUC